CAAUGGGACACUGUUCUAUCCUUACACUCGCUUUGCCAUAGCAAUAAUUUGAAUCAUUAAUCUCCUAUUUUAGACUCAAUUUAUCCAAUUUUGGUGCUUUCUUUCAGGAACUCCCAAAACCAAACCCACCCAAGAAUUUUUUUUUUCCUUUCUUUGAGGAGGAAUACAAUCAAACAUGAGAGGGCUAUCUUUCUUUAUGAGAAACUUUGCAAAUUUCCUUUCCUUUCUUCUCCCUUUCAUUGAUAAACUCCCUUCAAAAUUGUUGCCUGCGCAAUUUGAGAACAUGAUUUCCUUGGUUUCUCGCACUGGUCGCCAACUUCAGCGUUAUGAUAGAGGUUGCCGCCUAGUUGUAGGGUGUAUUCCUUACAGAUAUAAGAAAACUGAUCAACCAUCUUCCAUUGAUGGAACUUCUACUGAAGAUAUAGAAGUUCUUGUCAUCAGUUCACAAAGUGGUCAAGGAAUGUUGUUCCCUAAGGGAGGAUGGGAAGAGGAUGAAUCCAUGGUACAAGCAGCACUGCGAGAGACUUUUGAGGAAGCAGGAGUGAUUGGCAAAGUUGAAUGUGAAUUGGGGAAAUGGCUAUAUAUGAGCAAAAGGGGUGCCAAAAUGCACGAGGUCUAUAUGUUUCCUUUGCUUGUUCAUAAGGAAUUAGAUCUAUGGCCAGAAAAGAGUAUCAGAAAACGAAAAUGGGUGACUGUGAAGGAAGCCAGAGAAGUAUGCCAUAAUUGGUGGAUGAGAGAAGCUUUAGAUGAAUUAGUUCUGCGUCAACAACUAAAAGAGGAAGCUAAUGAAACAAGCUGUAAAUAGAACAUCGUUUAGUGGCUAAUUAAGUUUGUUAAUAACCAAGAACAGGUUAUUGAGCAUAUUGUAGAUAUACAAAUGUUACUUUUUCUUUCUUCUUCCUUCUUUUGCCUCCCUAUGUACAGAUCUUGAUUGAUUCAUUCAUUCAUUCUUUCAACUUAGUAAAUUUUGGUUCUUGUUUUGCAUGAA